CGAGGAUGCCGCUGCGACCGCGGCCCCGAGAGGGAGCCGCUGCUGCUCUGUGGCCGCCAGGGCUGAGGGACGGGAAUCAGGCCUUGGGAUCGCGUCCCUGAGGGGGCGCGGGGCAGCGGUCCCGCCCGAGCUCGGGCCUAGUACCGCGGGGGGGGUCCGGGCCGCUGGGCGAGGGCCUCCCCCCACUGCCUCCCCUCACCCCUCCACGUCGAUGGUGGUGAAGUUGUCAGCGCCGGGGAGUGCAAGGCACCAGGCUGCCUCCCUUGAACCCAGUUCCUCUUGGGGCACGUCUCUCGCUCCGGCUCACGGACACCUGCGCCGCCGCCUCCUCUAGCCCGCUGAGCCCACCCCUGGCGGCGGGCGGGGGAGGGGCUCCCCCUGCAGGGGCUGUGUCGAGCUGGGCGACGACGGGGACCGUAGGAGAGUAGGGGUGGCGACUCAUAGAGGAUCUUGCUUUGAUUUAUGUCAUCAAGAGUUCUCCCUGUUUGCCUGCUUUGAACUCGACAUUCCUGCCUCAACAACAGAGGAUAAAAGCCAUGGUGUAAUGGAUAAGCCACACAAGUAAGAAAUACAGAUGUGGACUACAUGCUUCCAAAGAAGAAUUGAGCUUGCUGAGAAUCUGUGUCAGAUAUUGUAAAUGUCUAAGAUGUUAAGAGGAACUGGUAACAUCUAAACAUAACAAACCAAACAGGCAAACUCGUGUGCCACCACUGCCACCACAUUUUAUGCAAAGGAAUGCCAAUGUACAUGAAUUCCAAGCAGGCUAAAAAGAAAAAAAAAAGCUGAUUAGACCUUAGACUGCCUACUGAACGGGAUGACAGCCACCGCUGCAGUGGAAACACCAAAAAUGAAGAAGAGUGCCUCCAGGGAAGAGAAGCAGCAGUCUAAGCAAGAGAAUACAGAGCAGGGCAAUGCUGAUUCUGAAGAGUGGCUGGGCUCUGAGAGUGAUCCUGAGCAAAUGAGCCUUAAAAACAGCAACAAUGACAAUAGUUGCCAACUGGGAGAUGUUCAAUUGAAUAAAAAGGAGAUCCUUUCUAAGCCACACCGCCAGCUAUGUAGAUCACCCUGCCUAGAUCAUCCAAGCUUCUCCCAGAGCAGCAUUCUACAUGAUGGGAAGCUUGACUUGGAAAAAGAAUACCAAACCAAGAUGGAUUUUGCUUUAAAGUUGGGUUACGCAGAGGAACAGAUUCAAUCAGUGCUGAAUAAACUGGGUCCAGAAUCGCUUAUUAAUGAUGUAUUGGCAGAGCUUGUCAGACUUGGGAACAAAGGUGAUUUGGAAGGGCAAGUCAACUUGAGUCUGUUAGGGCCUCGGGGGCCCAGCUCCAGAGAGAUCACAAGCCCUGAGCUGUCUCUUGAAGAUGAAAUAGACAACAGUGACAAUUUGAGGCCAAUUGUCAUAGAUGGAAGUAAUGUGGCAAUGAGCCAUGGGAAUAAAGAAGAGUUCUCCUGCAGAGGAAUACAACUUGCUGUGGAUUGGUUCCUAGAUAAAGGCCAUAAAGAUAUUACUGUAUUUGUGCCUGCAUGGAGAAAGGAGCAAUCCCGCCCUGAUGCACCAAUUACAGAUCAAGAUAUCCUACGUAAACUGGAGAAGGAAAAGAUUCUUGUCUUCACACCUUCCCGAAGGGUCCAGGGCAGGAGAGUUGUUUGCUAUGAUGACCGGUUCAUAGUCAAACUGGCUUUUGAUUCUGAUGGCAUCAUUGUAUCCAAUGAUAACUACCGAGAUCUUCAAGUUGAAAAGCCAGAAUGGAAGAAGUUUAUAGAAGAGCGUUUGCUGAUGUAUUCUUUUGUGAAUGACAAAUUUAUGCCUCCAGAUGAUCCUUUAGGACGUCAUGGACCAAGCCUUGAAAACUUCUUAAGAAAGAGACCUGUUGUUCCUGAACACAAGAAGCAACCAUGUCCUUAUGGCAAAAAAUGCACCUACGGCCACAAGUGCAAAUACUACCAUCCGGAGCGGGCCAACCAACCGCAGCGUUCGGUGGCUGAUGAGCUCCGCAUCAGUGCCAAACUGUCCACAGUAAAAACCAUGAGUGAAGGCACCCUGGCCAAGUGUGGCACAGGGCUGUCUAGUGCCAAAGGUGACAUAACCUCAGAAGUCAAACGCGUGACCCCCAAGCGUCAAUCGGAUCCCAGCAUCCGGUCCGUGGCUGUGGAGCCUGAGGAAUGGCUGUCCAUUGCCCGUAAGCCUGAGGCCAGCUCUGUCCCCUCACUUGUGACUGCUUUAAGUGUCCCCACAAUCCCACCCCCCAAAAGCCAUGCAGUGGGUGCCCUCAACACCCGUUCAGCCAGCAGCCCAGUGCCAGGAUCCUCUCAUUUCUCCCACCAGAAGUCCUCAUUGGAGCACAUGACCAGCAUGCAGUAUCCACCCAUCCUGGUUACCAAUAGCCAUGGGACCCCUAUUAGCUAUGCUGAGCAAUACCCAAAGUUUGAGCCCUUAGGGGACCACAGCUACUAUUCAGUGUUAGGCGACUUCUCCAAACUGAACAUCAACAGCAUGCAUAAUCGAGAGUACUACAUGGCUGAAGCAGACCGGGGGUUGUAUGCCCGGAAUCCCAACCUCUGUCCUGACAAUCGUAUGAGCCAUACCAGGAACGACAACUAUUCCUCUUACAACAACCUGUACUUGGCUGUAGCUGAUACUCAUCCUGAAGGCAGUUUGAAGCUGCAUCGCUCAGCAUCUCAGAACCAUCUUCAGCCUUUUCCUCAUGGUUACCACGAAGCCUUAACGCGAGUGCAGAGCUAUGGCCCAGAAGACUCUAAGCAGGCCCCCCACAAGCAAUCAGUCUCCCACUUAGUUCUGCAUGCCCAGCACCCAACAACUGGAGCACGCUCCAGCUGUCCUGGAGACUAUCCCAUGCCUCCCAAUAUCCAUCCUGGGGCAACCCCCCAGCCAGGACGUGCCCUGGUGAUGACUCGGAUGGACAGCAUUUCUGAUUCUCGCCUAUAUGAGAACAAUCCCAUGAGGCAAAGACGUCCUCCUCUGUGUCGGGAACAGCAUGCCAGCUGGGACCCACUGCCCUGUGCAACUGACUCUUAUGGCUACCACUCCUAUCCCCUGAGUAACAGCCUCAUGCAACCAUGCUAUGAGCCAGUCAUGGUACGGAGUGUACCUGAAAAGAUGGAGCAGCUUUGGAUGAAUCCUUGGGUUGGAAUGUGCAAUGAUUCCAGGGAGCAAAUGAUCCCAGAGCACCAGUAUCAGACCUACAAGAACCUCUGCAAUAUUUUCCCUUCAAACAUUGUUCUUGCAGUGAUGGAGAAGAAUCCCCACACAGCAGAUGCCCAGCAACUAGCAGCCUUGAUUGUUUCUAAGCUUAGGGCUGCACGUUGA